UGGAUUAAGAGAGUGGAAUAAUAAUACCUGCCUCCUAAGAAAGGAGGGGUGCGGUGCGUAUGUACGUGUGGUUACGCAGUCAAGUUCGCAGAUACUGUACAUACGUACAUACAUACAUACAUAACUAUGUCUGUCUGUCUGUCGGCUGCACUUACGGAAUCCAGUGGCAUUUUGCUGCGGCGGCGCCCCUCGGGUUCGCUUCCCGACUUGAGCAGGUGGGAAAACCCAAGAACCUACUUCAACUCGGUGGAUUUAUUUUCUCCCCUUUUUCACCUUUCACUUUUUUUUUUUUUUUUGGUCUUGUGCUAAUAUUGUAUUGCGUUAAUAUUGGCAUUGGCUUUAAACUAUGUGAUGUGUGUGUACAUACC